CAGCAACCACUAUGUCCUGUCACUUACCCUGAAAUACACUAGAGUGCUUGUCAGACUUUCUGUUUGCAGAUGUCUGAUAAGCCAAGUAGUAAGACAUAAAGAGCUGCACUGAACUUCUAAACUCCAGAAGAAUUCCCUAGACAUUUGCUCAGCACUUGAAUGGUGACUGCAUUCUGAAACAGGCCAUUUGAAGGUGUCGAAGACCAGUCAUCACCUGAGACUACAAAUGUGACAGGCAUGAAGCUCCCUCUCACAAAUAGCAGACUUUCUGUGGGCUUGUUAUAAAGCAAUUUUGAAAAGAAAACCUAUUGUGGCUGUUCCAUACAUUCCAUAAUGCUUUAAAAUCCUAUUGUUGCUUAAUUGGAGAUGGAAGCACAAUACACAUUGUCUUGCCACAAAAACUGAAGAGAUGCCAUGUGUGAAGCUCUCACACAGUAAAAUGUCAUCUGCAGUACCAUACAUGAAAAUGAAAAUUGAUCCACAGAAUCUGCAAAUUCAAACAUACACAGUGGAGAAAUUGCUGGAGCCUCUCAUAAUUCAGGUUACCACAUUAGUGAAUUGUCCUCAAAACCCUUCUAAUAAGAAAAAAGGAUGUUCCAAAAGAGCCCGUGUCAUCCUUUCAUCCGUGGAAGAAGCUACUUGGAACUUAUUGGACAAAGGGGAGAAAAUUGCUAAGGAGGCCCCUGUGCUUAAGGAGGAACUUAAUGCUGCACUUUGUGAUGUUCGCAAAGAAAGUGAAGCUUUAAGGGUAACAGCAACAAAAUUUACAGAUGAUCCAUGCUACUUGCCUAAAAGGGAGGCAGUUGUACAAUCAGCACGAGCACUUCUGGCUGCUGUUACAAGACUUCUUAUUCUGGCAGAUAUGAUUGAUGUAUCAUACCUGUUGCAACACCUAAUCACAGUUCAGAAAACAUUUACAUCUCUUCAGAAUGUAGCUAGUAAAUCUGAACUACAGAAAACAUAUAGAAAUCUUCAGAAAGAGCUGAAACAGCUGGAUCACCUGGCCUACAAGCGGCAACAGGAUUUAAAAUCCAACAAUCAGCGAGAUGACAUUGCAGCAGCACGUGCUUCUCUGAAGGAAAAUUCAUCUCUUCUACAUUCAAUUUGUUCUGCUUGUUUGGAACAUUCGGACAUUGCAUCACUAACCGCCAGCAAGGACUCCGUUUGUAAUGAAAUACAGAAUGCGCUCAAUGUCAUUUCUAAUGCUUCUCAAGGAAUUAGAAAUCAAAAGGUUCAACCACCAUCACAUUCGACUACGCUUGGAAGUGCCCUUGAUGAACUUGAGAAAUUGGUUGCCUUGGAUCCCCUUUCAGUGAAUGAAGAAAAAAUAAGGCCAUCACUAGAAAAGCGUUUGGAAGGGAUUAUCAGUGGGGCUGCCCUAUUAGCAGACUCUUCUUGCACACGUGAUCUUCACCGGGAGCGCAUUAUCACUGAGUGCAAUGCUAUUCGCCAGGCUCUCCAAGAUCUCCUUUCAGAGUACAUUAAUAAUACUGACAAAAAAGAAAGGAGCAAUACUUUGAAUAUUGCAAUAGACAAUAUGUGCAAGAAAACAAGAGAUCUCCGCAGGCAGCUCCGCAAAGCUAUCAUCGACCAUAUCUCAGACUCCUUCUUAGACACAACAGUUCCACUCCUAGUGCUCACUGAAGCUGCUAAAAAUGGAAGAGAAAAGGAAAUAAAGGAAUAUGCUGCUAUAUUUAGAGAACACACAUGCAGGCUUAUUGAGGUGGCUCAUCUUGCUUGCUCAGUAUCAACAAAUGAAGAUGGAAUUAAAAUUGUCCAGAUGGCAGCCAAUCAUAUGGAGACUUUGUGCCCACAGGUUAUCAAUGCUGCUGUAGCUCUUGCUGCCAGACCGAAAAGCCAGGUUCUGAAAAGCAACAUGGAAAUGUAUAAAAACACAUGGGAGAACCACAUACGUGUGCUCACUGAAGCCGUGGAUGACAUUACAAGCAUUGAUGACUUUCUUGCUGUAUCAGAAAGUCAUAUCCUUGAGGAUGUAAACAAGUGCAUAAUUGCACUAAGAGAACAGGAUGCUGAUGGUUUAGAUCGUGCGGCUGGUGCCAUCCGAGGGCGGGCUGCAAGAGUGGCACAUAUUGUUUCUGGUGAGAUGGACAGUUAUGAGCCUGGAGCUUACACUGAAGGAGUGAUAAAUGAUGUGCAGUAUCUUACAACUGCUGUGAUACCAGAGUUUAUUUCUCAAGUCAACACUGCACUGGAACAUUUAAGCAAGAAUAUGAUCCAUCAGUUUGAUGACAAUCAGUUUGUUGACAUCUCUAAGAAGGUCUAUGACACAAUUCAUGACAUCAGAUGUUCCGUUAUGAUGAUUCGGACCACUGAAGAACUUGAAGAUGUGUCUGAUCUUGAAGAUGACCAUGAUGCACGCAGCUGCACCAGUAUUCAGACUGAAGGGAAAACUGAUAGGGCAAAGAUGACACAGUUGCCAGAGGCAGAGAAAGAAAAGAUAGCUGAACAAGUAGCUGACUUCAAGAAAGUCAAGAGUAAGCUUGAUGCGGAAAUUGAAAUAUGGGAUGAUACCAGUAAUGACAUCAUUGUUUUGGCAAAGCGGAUGUGUGUGAUUAUGAUGGAGAUGACAGACUUCACAAGGGGCAGAGGACCACUGAAGAAUACAUCAGAUGUAAUUAAUGCAGCAAAAAUGAUCUCAGAAUCAGGAUCAAGGAUGGAUAUGCUUGCAAGGCUCAUUUCUAACCAGUGUCCAGACCUGUCAUGCAAGCAAGACUUACUGGCUUACCUGGAGCAGAUCCAACUAUACUCUCACCAGCUCAAAAUCUGCAGUCAAGUUAAAGCAGAAAUCCAGAAUUUAGGUGGAGAGCUCAUCAUGUCAGCCCUGGACAGUGUGACUUCACUAAUUCAGGCUGCCAAAAACUUGAUGAAUGCUGUGGUGCAGACAGUGAAGAUGUCCUAUAUCGCCUCUACGAAGAUUAUCAGAAUUCAAAGUCCUCCUGGCCCACGACACCCUGUGGUGAUGUGGCGGAUGAAGGCUCCAGAAAAGAAGCCUUUGAUUAAGAGAGAGAAGCCGGAGGAAAUCUAUGCAGCUGUCAGGAAAGGUUCGGCUAAGAAGAAAAUCCAUCCCGUUCAAAUCAUGAGUGAAUUUAAAGGAAGAGAAAUCAACUGAAAUUAUUAUUCCGUUCACUGCACAGGUUUCAUAUACUGAGACGCUGCUCAUUUCAUAUAGUUAUUUUUUCACUUGUUUAAUUCUACAAGUACGAUCAUAGUUGACCUUCUCUCCUUUCAUAUGUUUAACACUUACAAUAGGUUAUUUCAUUUGUACAUGAUGAAACAACCUAGAAUACAUUUUGACCCACUUUUCCAUAGCUGCCAUCACAUCUUCCUUUAUUUUUAAAUGGCUGACAUGAUGAGGAGAAUUACUCAAAGCAGUGUCCUUUUAAUUUCAAUGAGACCACUUUCAGUAAUUUCCCUCAUUAUGUCAGCCAGUGUGCUUGACUAUUGAUCACCUGUUAUUAAAUAUAUUUGAUUUGGCACCUCAUCAGUGUUCCUCCUAACAGGGAUUCCCAGAUGUUGUUGACUACAACUCCCAGAAUCCCCAGCUGCAAUGGCUUUUGCUUGGAGAUUAUGGGAUUGUAAUCAACAACAUCUGGGAAUCUCUGUUAGAGGGUACACUGCACAUCACCAUUUUGAACACAAUUUUAGGAGGAUGGUAAAAAAAGGUUGUACAACUGAUGAAUUGUAGUGAGCCCCACUGAAUAUUUAUUAGCAUCUACACUUGAGGUGUUCUUUGCUUAAGAGUGUUCCAAGCACUUCACACACCUUAUCUUGGUAACACUUGCAAUAUCCCUGUAAGGUAGGCUGUAUUAUUCCCAUGUAGCAGAAGAGGACUGAGGCAGAAAGAAAGAAGGUUGCCCAGGGCCAUCUAGUGACAGAAUAGCUGAGAUCUGAACAAGGCACUUCCCAGUUUACACUCCUAGCAAGCACUUCACUACAGCAGCUGCCACAGUUUUCUCCUCCUUCUGUAUAUGUAUCUAGUUAACUAGACUUUAGUUCACGAUAUGAAAUGCUGACCUAAUUGAAGCUCUUCAGAAAAUCUAAUUGGGUGUCUAAUUGGGUGUCUAAUUGGGCCAGCAUGUCAAGUGAUAUAGCUACAGGAUGUGCAAGUUUCACGAACAGGAAGCAAAGCAAAUGCUUCAUACAUUCAUGCCAACCCUCACUUCUUUCUCUUUGUUUCCUUGCAUAACUCUUGUUUUUCAAGUAACUUGCUGAUUCUUCCAGAAUACACUCCUCUGUUUCCUCUUCCUUUCUCAUAGCCAUCAUUCUUGUGUAGCGGCGGGGGGGAUGCUCCUGAAGAAAAUGAAAGUAUUGCCCACCUAGCUAAUGAUGAACAGUCAAAGUAUCUUGCACAGUGAGGGGAUUUAAUAUUAGAGCUGAUCUGAUCUUGGCUCAAAUUUAAGUGAUGUAGAGGGCAACCCCCAUUAAUGUUCAGGUUCAGAAGAAGCACACUUUUUCUCCCAGAAAUCACCUCAGAACAUCCUUAGGUGAUGAUCAGACAGCAGCUGCCAGAAGGCACAGUGUUGACUCCCCCCACUUCCACUUCCUAAAAUGCCCCAAAUGCCUUGCCUCCACUUCUGUAGCCUUCAAAUGGGAUCACAAAAUCGGUGUGAAGGCAUUUCAGGCCAAGCCUACAUUACACACUGUAAGAGACAGGUGGCAAAAACUGUGAGACUGCACCUUGAGUGUCUAAGAUGCAUCUUGCAUUUCUGUUUCCCACCCUGUGUCUUCAUAGAUCUUUACCAGCUGGAUAAAUGCAUUUCGUGAAAUGAUCAACUAUAUAGUUUGAUUUGUUGAUAAAUCAUGUGAUGAGGUCAUGAAAAGGAAACCAAAAAGGUUAUAGCCCUAUCCAGACAUUACAUUAAAUGUGUACACAGAUGUCUGUACACAUGUAUAUCUUUUUGUGUGAAUGAUUGUACAUGCAUUUAUUUUGAAAGUUACCCUGGGUACAGGCUCAGUCAAGUGCGGGCUAUAGAUACUGUAGUCAGUGCACUACUGCACAUGUAUUGAAGAUAAUGUACACAACUGUAUGUAUGUAGAGAUCUGUAUGUGCAUAUAUAGAGCAUGAAUAGGCUAGUGACUAGGGAAAUCAAAAACUGAAACAAAAAGAAUCAAGGUAUAAGUUCCCCAAAGGGCCCCAAAUACCAAAUCAUUAAGGGUACUAAGCAUUAUCCCAGCCAAAGCAUUAAGGGUACUAAUAAUUAUUGCCAAAGACAAAAUCUCUGUUGCAACAACAACUAAUAUAAACAUAAACAUAUAAUUUUCUAUAUGAUCUAUAUGACAAUUGCAAUAAUUGCAUGUUUGGUAAGAUCCUUUUAUUUGCAGCUCUCUAGCUCUUUCAUGCUAAUUUUUUGUUCAUUGAUUUUUUUUCACAAUUAUAUUAUGAUUAUAAAGAUUAUUAAAAAUCAUCUAACUAAUAAAAAUAUGAUUUCUGAAUGUGCUUGAUGGGAUUUUGCAGGAAAUCCAGUUUUUAAAAUGAUGCCAGAAAUAAACCUACCAUCAUUUGUGAUACUAAAAUAUACUGAAAUGUAAAAUGGGAAAACAACUCAAUAUACUGUGCCAAACUUAGGAAUAAACAUAUUUUUCUAUGA